AUGACGGACUUAGCCUACCGGUUCAACAUAAGCCAGUCAUCAGUGACCAACAUAUUUCAUGCAUGGUUAUAUGCCCUUUAUUCUACUUUGGGAGGUCUUGUGCGUUGGCCAGAAACGGAUGUGUGUCAGUUACCCGAAGUCUUUCAGAAUGAAGUAUUCAGGAGGGUCAAGUGUGUGAUUGAUUGUACGGAGAUAUUUAUUGACAGGCCGUCAAAUUUAAAGGCAAGAGCACAGACCUACUCUAACUACAAGAGACACAACACCAUUAAGAUUCUCGUGGGUGUGAGUCCUACAGGUUGUGUGACUUUCCUGUCUACAUGUUGGGGAGGACGAGUAAGUGACAGACAAAUCACAUGUGAAUCCGGGCUUCUUGACAAACUCUUGCCAGGAGAUGUUGUACUAGCUGAUAUAGGCUUUAACAUGACAGAGGAUUUUGCCCUUAAAGGAGCCCAGCUCAUAGUGCCUGCUUACACUAAAGGGAAAAGCAAGCUACCAAAGGAGAAUGUCGAGAAGUCUCGCAAGAUGUCGAGAGCUCGGAUCCACAUUGAGCGUCUCAUUGGGAGGAUGAAGGACUUCGAGAUCAUCAAAGGCCCAUUACCUAUAAAUCUAGUCAAGAGGAAGUCAGAUUCUCGCAUUACAGCCGGGGACAAGAUAGUGCGUGUUGUAGCUGCCAUUGUCAACACCAAUGAUGCCAUUUUGUGA